UAUGCCGUUUAAAUAGUGUAGUUGGGCACUUCUGGUAUCUGAUAUUCUCCACGUGUUAGACUGCAGCUUCCACUCUUCUCAUCCUAGUUGAAUCUCCCAUUCUAUGGCACUCGUAGUCCAACACAAUUUACCACUCAGAGUCGCUGGGAGUCUAGCGGCAUAUAAAUUAAAUGAUUAAUUAGCACAAAAUUUGGUGACUAAAUUAGGUCAUUUUUUUUACCCCAAAUGAUUGGUAAAUACUGACUAGAAUCAAGUAAAAUCAGCAAAAUGAGAGCAAUAACUCCUAGCAGACAGGUCGUUAUUUCUGCCUUCUCUGUUGUCCCAGGUGGAACCACAUAGGGUCAUUGUUGUGAGGAAAAUAAGAGGAGGAAGGAGUACUGUAUUAGCUACCAUGGCCACAGCCUCAAGGAAGUCUGUUUUGCAUUUGGCAACUUUCAUCAGGAAGCCUUUGCUAACAGCUCCUGUAUUUGCAGAUGCAGCAGUAUUUCAUGCCUGUCCCAAAUCUACAUAUUCACCACUUCCUGAUGACUAUAACUGCAAAGUUGAACUUGCUAUGACAUCAGAUGGAAAGACAAUUGUUUGCUAUCACCCUUCAGUGGAUAUUCCAUAUGAACAUACAAAACCCAUUCCACAACUAGACCCUGUGACCUAUAAAGAAGAAACACAUGAACAAGUCCUGAAAUCUAAAUUAGAAGAAAAGGAAGAUUACAAGGAUGAGCCCACAAUUGAGGCACUUAGUAAAAUGUUUUACACAACCAAACAUCGCUGGUAUCCUGUGGGACAGUAUCACACUAGACGCAAGAAAACCAAUACUUCCAAAGACCGAUGAAAUUACAUUUGUCUUUACCAUCAUGGAAAACUUUCUGUAGUUGGAGUAUUCAUUUCUAACUAAAUCCUUGUCAAUUUCUGUAGAUAAUUUGUAGAAUCAAGGGAUUCUGAUUUGUAAAAUCUUAAGGAUAUUCAAAAUAGAAGUUUUAUUCCCAAAUAUUGCUAGCUGUGUUGAAUUGGUAUGUGAACCACCAGAGGGCACUACUGUACAAGAAUUUAGAUUUACUAUACUUUUUUGAGAGGGGGAGAAUCUGUGGGUGUGGGCAUGUAAGAGAAUAUGUUAACAAUAUGCAGCCAAAACCAGAAUAAAAACUAAAUAAUAAACUUUAUGAAAAGUA